AUGAAGUCGAGGCCGGAGAGUUUGGCCUUGCCGGGGUGUGUGAGGAGGACGCUGUAUGAGGAGAGCGCUCUCGGGCACCAGGGCCCGGCCAUGCAGGUAGAGCAGAGCCUCACACACUUGCAGGACCACCAAUAGCAUGGUCUCAGCACGCACCACUGGGAACUCAGCACGCUGGUGCAGAGGAGCACAAAUACACAUGCAUUUAAUUCAUCCAAAUAUUUAAGUACAAAACACAGAUAAAUGUUGAAAGUGUGUGUGUGUGUAUGUGCGCCUGUGUGACUGGUGGGGAUUACCCUCUGGUGCAGCAAGUUGUGCAGGGAGCUCAUGUGGAUCCUCUCAAACAACAGGCAGACCCUUAGCAGGUCACUGGAGAUGCCCACUACCAUCAGCUGAAGCAGGUGGGGAUGUAACAGCUGGCUACAAACAGACAGUCACACUGCAGUUACUGGGUUAGGCCCUAUAUCCCUAGACGACAGCAUCAAUAGCACUGAAGUGACAGGUGUGAUUUAGGUAAAAGACUAUCAUUUGGAGGAACACUAGAGAAAACUCAACGCAACAGUUAAUUCGUUUUUUCUUUAAGGGGUUUAAAACAGUUCAAACUGAUUUUGUUGUCGUCUUCUCACCUGGAGAACUCCAGCUCAAUGAGCAGCAGAUACCGGUAGUAAAGCCCUGCACAGGCAUGAAUUUUAAGCCUGAGCCCUACCCAUGCCCGUGAUGUUCAGGCACUACCCUACCCAGGCCCGAUUGCGUUUGCCAAAUUUAAGGCCCGGCCCUGCCCAAAACCCGAAAUCAGAAAUAACUUCCUCCGUUAGUAAAUCUAUUAGCUGCUCCUCUCGGUCUGUCACUCGCUCCCUUCGUACAGCUCGCUCUGCAUGCGCUCUGCUCAUGGCGGCGCUGAGUCUGUGAGUCUCCAUAGCAACGGCUCCGCUUGGGCUGCUCCGACAAAACUCAAGGAACAUGAUUAUUUUCUGUUAAAUAAUUGCUCCUGUCUUAUAUUUGAUGAGGUUGAAGCACUUCUGACACCAUGUUAUGAUCUUAGUCAGAUAUGACUGUACUGAGCAGCAGAACACAAGCAAAUGGCUCAGCUUCAAAAUGUUAGUGAUCAAUUUAGUGAUACCUGAGCCCUGCCUGUACUCUAGUUAUUUAUGAAAAAAAACAGGCCCUACCUGGCCCUAACCCGAUGUAUGUCAAGGCCCAUUGGGCUUUGGUCGGGUAGCAAAGCUCUACCAGGUAGGCCUCUUGGCUGCGGAGAGGGACUGCAGCUCCUUUAAAGUGACCAUGCAGCCCUUCCAGCUGUAACUGACAGAUGGAACAACCAGCUUAGUGGACAAAAUCAAAGACUGUAGCUUCUUAAUUGAUGCAAUCCCAUAUGAGUUAUAAAUUAUAAGACGUGGUUCCAGUGGUCUUUCUUGGUCAUGGUAAUAAAGGAGCCACAGGUGAAGGAGAGGGGUUUGUUGUCCACCUGCCCUAACUCACUCUCCCUAAUCACAGGCUGGGAGGCCAGAAGGCCCAACGCAUGCCCCGGCUUAUCUAUAGACAACUGGGCCCAGCAAGAAAACACACAGUCACUGACUCUCAUCCAGAUACACAAUACUGCCAUUCCAAAACAUUACCACGCUAUAUGCAAUUUAGCAGACGCGUUUAUCCAAAUAAACUCAAACACUAUCCGAUAUAUGACAGUCUCAUGAUGAUGAUAUAGGGACAAAUCCUAAUAUGACAUGUGGGCACGAUGCUACUUUUUUGGUCUUAAAUCGACAUCACUGAUUUAGGCAAAAGUUUGAUCUUGAGCCAGCGUGAAUCCAUGUUUGUACCGGUAUGUUCCUUUCCGAAGCUAAAAUAUUGAACUGUGUCAAAGACUUGGUCAUCUUUCUGUUGAGGUGCAGGUCAGAGCCACUGCAACAUGGGAGAAAUGGGGAAAAGUUGACUUCAGAAAACAAACCCUAAAAAAGGGGUGUAUCAAUGUAGGAUUCUCUCCUGGCUGCUCACCCGGACAUAAGGAGCUCUAGUAGAGUGCGGGGGAGUGCAACAGGGUGGAGGAGAGGGUCCGGCGCAGCUCCCUUGGCUGGGGGGUCUGAGACAGGCUGUGCAUGUGGGACACACAGUCCUUCAGGAACUCAAGCAUCUGAAUGACAGAGAGAGAGAGAGUUUAGUAGUGCAUACAGCAUGUAUCUGAUCAUUUCUCCAUGAUAAAUGUACCCUGACUCUGUGACCACUAACCCUGGCGCUGUGCUCCUGAGCCCCAGCCUCGGCCCAGUCUCGGGGGCUCCUGCCUUUGUGGUCGUGGAGCCUCAGGUCCUCCCCUGCGUCCAGCAGGCCAGGUGUUACAGGAGAAAACGGCAGUGUGGACGAGGGUGCUCCUGUUUUCACAGCGACUACACAGGAAAAAGGUCACUUAAGAGUAUGGUGCCAUGCAAAACACAUAAAACGUGCUGUACUAAAACGCUUAUUAGCAUAUUAUAAUUUCUACUACACAACUUUGAAGUAUUUAUUUUAUGUCUAAAAGAGAGGAGACAUGAGAGAGUAUUCAUGUGCAGUGUGUGAAUGACUUGUCAGUCUUACUGGUUAGGGUCCACUCCAUAUUGCAGUAGCAGCUCAGUGACACCUGCCAGACCCAGGCAAGAGGCACAGAACAGAGGUAUCUAUCCCAAGUGAUUGACACAGUCCACAUCCACACUUAUAGCACAGCAUCAGAACAAUUGAUGAAUGAUAAACUUAAUUAGGAAACCAUUUAUUCAUAACUGCCAAGCUCACUGGGUAGGUACUAGUAGGUAGGGAUGGAGAAUGCUUACUCAUCAUCAUGCAUUACUUGUGUUAUUGUUUUGUUUUACCUUUCUUGAGCAGCUUCUCCAUCUUGUGCAGAUUAUUUUCCAUAGUGUACCUGUGCAGCUGAGCAGGUAAACCUCCAUUCUUCACAAUGCCUAAUCGCACUGGGCAGGGUACAGGCAAAGCAGCCAUCCUGCUCCAACUAAAGAUACCACCAGGGGGGUCGCUGCAGUUAAACAAGAUGUACUGAAUGUCAGUUAGCUGGCUAGCUAAAAACAGCUGUUUUUUAUUCUGGGGAAUCCAGACAAUACAUUAUAUAAAGACCUUGUAAAAAGUACAGUGGCUUGUACAGUAUUCACCCCCCUUGGCAUUUUUCCUAUUUUGUUGCCUUACAACCUGGAAUUAAAAUUGAUUUUGGGGGGUUUGUAUCAUUUGAUUUACACAACAUGCCUACCACUUUGAAGAUGCAAAAUAUUUUUUGUGUGUGAAACAAACAAGAAAUAAGACCAAAAAAACGGAAAACUUGAGUGUGCAUAACUAUUCACCCCCCCAAAGUCAAUACUUUAUAGAGCCACCUUUUGCAGCAAUUACAGCUGCAGAUCUCUUAGGGUAAGUCUCUAUAAGCUUGGCACAUCUAGCCACUGGGAUUUUUGCCCAUUCUUCAAGGCAAAACUGCUCCAGCUCCUUCAAGUUGGAUGGGUUCCGCUGGUGUACAGCAAUCUUUAAGUCAUACCACAGAUUCUCAGUUGGAUUGAGGUCUGGGCUUUGACUUGGCCAUUCCAAAACCACUCGAGUGUUGCUUUAGCAGUAUGCUUAGGGUCAUUGUCCUGCUGGAAGGUGAACCUCCGUCCCAAUCUCAAAUCUCUGGAAGACUGAAACAAGUUUCCCUCAAGAAUUUCCCUGUAUUUAGCGCCAUCCAUCGUUCCUUCAAUUCUGACCAGUUUCCCAGUCCCUGCCGAUGAAAAACAUCCCCACAGAUGAUGCUGCCACCAUCAUGCUUCACUGUGGGGAUGGUGUUCUCGGGGUGAUGAGAGGUGUUGGGUUUGCGCCAGACAUAGCGUUUUCCUUGAUGGCCAAAAAGCUCGAUUUUAGUCUCAUCUGACCAGAGUACCUUCUUCCAUAUGUUUGGGGAGUCUCCCACAUGGCUUUUGGCGAACGCCAAACGUGUUUGCUUAUUUUUUUCUUUAAGCAAUGGCUUUUUUCUGGCCACUCUUCCGUAAAGCCCAGCUCUGUGGAGUGUACAGCUUAAAGUGUUCCUAUGGACAGAUACUCCAAUCUUCGCUGUGGAGCUUUGCAUUUCCUUCAGGGUUAUCUUGGGUCUCUUUGUUGCCUCUCUGAUUAAUGCCCUCCUUGCCUGGUCUGUGAGUUUUGGUGGGCGGCCCUCUCUUGGCAGGUUUGUUGUGGUGCCAUAUUCUUUCCAUUUUUAAAUAAUGGAUUUAAUGGUGCUCCGUGGGAUGUUCAAAGUUUCUGAUAUUUUUUUAUAACCCAACCCUGAUCUGUACUUCUCCACAACUUUGUCCCUGACCUGUUUGGAGAGCUCCUUGGUCUUCAUGGUGAUGCUUGCUUGGUGGUGCCCCUUGCUUAGUGGUGUUGCAGACUCUGGGGCCUUUCAGAACAGGUUUAUAUAUACUGAGAUCAUGUGACAGAUCAUGUGACACUUAGAUUGCACACAGGUGGACUUUAUUUAACUAAUUAUGUGAUUUCUGAAGGUAAUUGGUUGCACCAGAUCUAAUUUAGGGGCUUCAUAGCAAGGGGGGUGAAUACAUAUGCACGCACCACUUUUCAGUUAUUUAUUUGUUCGAAUUUUUUUAAACAAGUUAAUUUUUCAUUCCACUUCACCAAUUUGGACUAUUUUGUGUAUGUCCAUUACAUGAAAUCCAAAUAACAAUCCAUUUAAAUUACAGGUUGUAAUACAACAAAAUAGGAAAAACACCAAGGGGGAUGAAUACUUUUACAAGGCACUACUGUACAUACACUACUGUUCAAAUGUUUGGGUCACUUAGAAAUGUCCUUGUUUUUGCUUUUUCACUGAGGUGUUAGAAACUGGUUCAAUGUAUCAAGCAAAUUAUCAUUAAUGGCAAGUGGCAUGCUAGCUUUUUAAUUUGUCUGCCUGUGUCAAUCUCAUUCAAGUCGUGAAACGGGUAAGAAAGAGAAGGUUGCAGAGGGCUGUGUCGAGCUACGCCUUUGCACCGUCUGUCAAAGUGAAACUGCUAAAUUCUGGGUUUCAUUCUGCUGCAGACCUGUUUGACUUGCAACCUCCAACUAAGCAAAGGUAGCCAACCAGUCACUGUUGUUGUAGUUGUUGAUGUAUCAUUAUUACAGUAGUAGGUUAUAAUACAGUUACAGGACAUCAACUGGGUAAAAUGCAUUACACCUAAAUAACCCAAAUAUAUUGUUUUUGUCAAUAUGUGGUUCCAGCUAACUUAAUUUCCCAAUGCGUCUUACAGUGCAUUAACAUUUCUAUCUCUCCCCUUCAAGCUUGUCUAUCUUAUCCUCUUCAGCUCCAUCCCUGUGUUUGUAUUUGUAGAGGCUGGCAUCUCCCAGGAGGAGGCAGUAGAGGUGCUGUGAGGUGUGAGCCUGGCCAGGAGAGAGCAGCAACAGGCAGGCUGACGGCGCUGGAGCUUCUGGAGAGAGAGCAGUAGCUGGGCACCAUCUUCACCUUCUGCUCAGCGCUGGACACAGCCCUGGGAGAGGGCCUGCCGGUGGGGAAGACCACUGAGGUCUGCGGAGCGCCUGGGGUGGGAAAGACCCAGCUCUGGUAAGCUCUGGUACCUCUGUGUGGAAGAGUUAUCUGGACACAGCCCUGGGAGAGGGCCUGCCGGUGGGGAAGACCACUGAGGUCUGCGGAGCGCCUGGGGUGGGAAAGACCCAGCUCUGGUAAGCUCUGGUACCUCUGUGUGGAAGAGUUAUUCACCUUACUCAACUGUUCCAAAUAAUGUAAUAAUAACACAAUAAAAUAACUGCACGACACAUUCACACCUAAACCCCUCGUUCUGUGUCCAUAAGUAUCCAGUUGGCAGUAGAUGUGCAGAUCCCUAUGUGUUUUGGGGGGCUGGGAGGCAAGGCUCUGUACAUAGACACGGAGGGCAGCUUCUUGGUCCAGAAGGCUGUGGACCUACCCAGGCAGCCGUGGACGACUAUUGGCUGCUAG